AUGGAAAAUUUGGCAAUCUUAGCGAAGGUAGUGAGGAUUAGAAUUUCUAAGAAGGCUGAGAGAUUCCUUUUCGAUCAUGGGAGUGAUACAAGUAAAAUGGAAGAGGAGAUUCCAUUCAGAUCGUGGAAUGACCAUAUUUGGGGACCCAAAAUCCAACUAAAUGUGUGUCCAUGUGCACGUGCAGAAUAUUCCAUAGCCGAAAGAGUACGGGCUGCUUCCCAGUAA